AUGACGAUAGCAAACAACAUUAAGUCCAUAAUUCCUAAGACUGAUAAAGCAAAGGAAUUUAUGAAAUUUGUGGAAGAUCUCUCGCAAUCUGACUCUGCUGAUAGGUCAAUUGCAGGGACAUUAAUGGGUACGCUGACCACUAUAAAAUUCGAUGGUUCUCAUACCAUGCAUGAGCAUGUCACUGAAAUGACAAACACAGUAGCAAAAUUUGAGAUCUAUGGGAAUGGAAAGUCAGAACAUGACUUUGGAAUUGAUGAAGAUCCGGUUUCAUUUUCACAGGCCAUGAAAAGUCACAAUUCUGAUAAAUGGUUUGAUGCCAUGAAAGAUGAGUUGAAAUCAAUAGAGCAUAAUAAAGUUUGGGACCUUGUAGAAUUGCCUAAAGGUUUUACUCAGAAGGAUGAUAUUGACUAUAAAGAAACAUUUGCUUCUGUUUCGAAAAAGGAUUUAUUUAGAAUUGUUAUGGCUAUGGUGGCUCAUUAUGACUUAGAGCUACAUCAAAUGGAUGUGAACCGCUUUUCUAAAUGGAAAUUUAGAUGA